UACACACCUAAACAACGCCUCGGAGGCAGCCAUUAUUCCCCCGCGGAGUGCCUCUGUGGCACUCAAUAUCACACUGUCCCCAGUCGAAGUCAGGAUAGUCGAACCAGAUCCAAUCGUAGCAAUGUCUGGGUCCACCGUAAGCGUCGUGUGUCGCGCCCUUGGAUCACACCCUCCGGCAGAUCUCUCCUGGUGGAGGGGUAUCAGAUCCCUGGAGCCUCAUGUCACUCACGCCAUACAAGACGGGGGUAACAUCACGACAGCCACACUGACCAUAGCAGUGACGGGAGCAGACGACGGGACGACUGUCACCUGUUCAGGUGUGAAUCCCGCACUCUCCCACCAGCCUCUGUCAGACAGGAGGAAGCUCAUUGUCUACUACGAGCCCAUCGUGGACCUCACCCUCGGGAAGCCCCUGGAGGCUGGGAACAUCAAGGAGGAGGACGACGUCUACUUCGAGUGUCACAUCAAGUCGAACCCGAAGUUCCACCGCAUUGAAUGGUAUCAAAAUGGUCAGGAAAUCUUACAGAACAUGAGGGCGGGAGUCGUCAUCAGCAAACAGUCGCUCGUCAUCAGGGGCGUCGUCAGGAGCCACUCAGGUUCCUACACCUGCGCGGCCACCAACGCUCAGGGGCGCACCGUCAGCAAUACCUUUCCGCUCACGGUCCAACAUGCCCCCAUUUGUGCCGGGUCAGCAGGCCAAGAGAGGACCCAAGGGGCAGCUCGAGGUACUGUUGUGAAGGCCAAGUGCAGAGUGGAGGCCGAACCUCCUUCCAACUUGAUCUGGUCCUGGUGCGGAAAAAGGACCGACGGCAGCGAGGAGAUUCUGUCCCUCGACAAGGCCACCGAUAUACCCACCAAUUGUUCGGCCACGACCGUCAACCCUGAUGCCUUAAACCCUGCCCUUGCUGUGACCUGUGUGGAGGGAUUUGAUGGAGGUCUGCCCCAGAAUUUCCUGCUUGAGGCGUGCAGGAUGGUCUGGUCCUUGCAAAUAUCAGUAGGUAAGGCAGCCACUAUCGCGACAAGUCACCAAGACCAACAUCAACCAUAUGACCUAGGUAGACAAAGGCUGAACCCAUCCCAUUAUCAGAGUGAGGACUCAGGAGUGUCUGAAUCAGAAUCUGACAACGAAGUCAAGAUCCCGAGGGGAAAGGAAAGGCCGUCAUCUAUAUCAUGCUCCAGAGGGGAAUCAGAUCAAUCUUAUAUUGCCUUACCUAUAGACAGAGUUUUAAGAUCACAAGAAAAGGCAUCGUCUGGGGAAGGAGUCGGAUGCAGGUACUCUACAUCCUUCAGAUAA